CUGUGGGUUUGUUUAUCAUGCAUUUUCAUAAAUAUUGUGCGAACACAUUUUAGAAUCCAACCAGAUUAAUUUGUGGCCUGGUUGAUAAAGCUACAAACUGGUGUAAUCAAUGAUAUCAUUUACUUAUCAUUGUGGUAAAUUUAACAUUAAAAAGCUGCAGACAAGUGUGAUAAAUCAUUUCUGAAACUACAUUAUUGGGCUCCGUCUAUAAACUGGAUCUAUUGGCCAAUUCACUGAGCCUGAAUGGGUCCAUAUAGUUAUGGGUCACAAUAUUCGAUACAACACCUCCAUCCAUCUAGCACGCGCUUGACAUCAACGUCUUCGCGCGGCGCGUUUCCUGUGAGCAAUUUUGAAGGGCGGAGAAACGGUCGGAAGAAAUAACAUACACACCUCAGCUUUUUCAGUGAAAUUUUACAACCCAGUAAGUAACCCAUAAUAAUAAAAAAAUCUAAAGAUAUUUUCUUACCAUUUUUUGUCGUUUAGAGCCUGCUGACCGUUGUUGUUGUAAAGUAUUUUAGACAAGUUGGCUACUAUAGCAUUAGCUAUCGCUAAGGCUAAGCUAGCUGAAAAGUAGAUUGAAAUAAUACGCCAUCAUACAUAAGCUUAUUUUAGGUGGAAUAUGGCAUAAUAUGUGGAUUAAAAGGAAGGUUAUUUUAAAUAUUGUUUUGUAGCUCAGUGGCCAUCUCAUCCACCAGAUUCUGAAUUGUAUAAUAGGCAUAAAAAUGUUUAUAAACUAAACGUUUUGAACGGCAGGUUUAUGGUUUCGGUAUCAGUCGGGACUGCGCAUGUGUGGUGAAGCUUCUUCAAAGAAGUAAGAAUGCCUCCAAGCCAAAGUGGACAGCUGGAGAAUGCAAUCGAUGAAGUGUUAAAGAGUGGAAAUGUCCAAACACUUGGAUCAAUCUUAGAGUUGGAUAGUGAUGAAGAAACCCCCAUGAAAUGUUCCCAAAGGUUUCUCUCCAAAUUGGAUAAGCUCAUCACUACGAGAUUGGAUCAAAAAGAUGCUAGAACAGCCAGUUUGAGUCUUGCCAGUAUCCACAAAUAUGGAAAAAAUCUGAAACUACCUGGUGGUCAAGGACUCUCAGUUUUGUUAAAUCAAGGACUUAUUAAGAAGAUGAUGCAGUGGUUUGAGAAAUGCCAGCAACUGUGGAUCGACCAUGGCCCACAAUGGGAUGAGACUAUGCUUACACUCUCUGAGAACUUUUUUAAUGUCUUAAUGGGAGUUCACGAGUCUUCCAAAGAGGGAACUUGCAAGGUCACCGAGUCCUUCCUGUAUCCUGUCGGACAGCUGGCUGUAGACCCCAGAAUCUACAUCCUGAUUCAGAAAGAGGCAAUUCGUAAAUAUAACUUGAUCCUGGACAAAAUCCCGGUGGAGUUUAAGAAGAACAGAAGGAUCCUUUCGUCACAAGAGGGUUCAGAUAUCAUGACCAAACUGGCUUCUCGAAUAUUGGAGGGUGGUGAUUAUGAUUUGCAGUCAUCAUUGAUGGAAGCAUUAUGUCGAAUGGCCACUUACAGUCAGAGGAAGAAGCUUGCAGAUCGGUGGUUCAGCAUGGCGCAUGUGGCCAACGCUUUUGCUCAGAUCAGUGAUUCAGAGUUUGAGACGGCUUGCCGCAAAUUUCUGAACAUGGUGAAUGGGAUGCAGGGAGACAAAAGAAGAGUGUACUCCUACCCUUGUUUGGAAGUUUAUCUGGGCAAGUAUGAGCUGCUGAUGCCCUUGGAUGAGAAGCUGGAGGAAUUCUGGAUUGACUUCAAUCUCUGCAGCCACAGCAUCUCUUUCUACUUCUCCUUGCCUGAUGAAGAGGAGGGCCACUGGGAAACACUGUGCAUCAAUGAGAAUGAAGUCCAAAGCUACACUGUCACAGAGAAAGACAAGACUCAGGUGUUGCAGAUAAAGCUGUCAGAGGUAGUGGUCGUCGGUUCUGUGGAGGGAUCCAACCUUACCAUCCAUUUCAGCUCCUCUCUAGACAUUCCACAAGCUGCUCAAAAUGUCUUUGGGCAAAUGAAAAACAAACACAUGCUGGUAGUGAAAACUGCAGGUAAAACUAUGAUAGAAGAAAACAGCACCCAGGUUGUUCCAGAAAGCCAGUUGUCCCUUGGUGAAAGUGAGAAAAACACAGUACCAUAUGUUUUAUCUGCUCCAGCUGCACAUGCACAAAUGGUGACUCCUGCCAAAAGGAGUAUGUCAGAGGCCACUGCUUAUAUAAGCAUCGGUGAAGGAGGUUCUGCGAAUAGUAUCGGUUCUCUUGCACUAAAGCUGUCAACCAAAGACAAAGACAAGACUUCUCUGGAGAAGAUUUGUUCAYGUGACACAAACGCCAGGCGCUGCAACUACAGCACAACCCCAAGCAACACAAAUGCUGUUGGCAUGAAAGAGCAGAAGAUGCCAAUAGUUCAAGCAGAACAUGUGGUUGUAUCUGGACAAGGAGAAGAAAAGUCUCAGGAGCACUAUAUACCUGACACACAACCCAAAGCAGGAUGUAGCACAUCUUCUAGUUGGAACAAAUUCUCAGUUUCUGAAAUGCUAAUGAUGUCAACACAGAAAAUCGUAUCUUCGCCAAGACCUGAGUCUAAUUCUAGUGUGGUGAAACAGCUGGAACACCGUCCGUCCUCCGCUCGCAAAUUGUCAAUUUCAGACUCAAGUCUCAAAUUUCAAAAGCAACUUCAUAGUGAACUGACCCAGCGAUUGGAACAGGUCCUCAUUGAGAAGAAGAAAGAUAUUAAUAACGAAGCAGCAGCUGCACUUCCGACAAAAACAUCUAAUACCAAAGGAAACACAAAACACAAAAGCUCGGAAAGCGUGGGUGAUUCUUCGUUGUACACUCCCAAAGUGCAACACGUUCAGAAAAACAAUCAGAGCUAUGGAGAGAGUAAAGGUCAGACGUCACUGAAGGCAGACACAGUUCCAAGAAAAACUUCAGUGAAGACAUCCUCAGCUAAAAAAGUGCAGGACAGAAAAGAAACCAAGGACAAAGAUGAAACUGCCCUUUCAAACAAAAAAGAAAGAGAUGCAAGUGUUACUUUCAGCAUGAUGAAGGUCAUCUCGAGUCAUUAUGAAGUUUCCACCAGGUCCACAGCAAAAGGCUCUAUAGAAAAAAAUGUUCAGAACUGGAUUCCUUCUCUUGUAAAAGGACCUCUCUUCAAUAUGAAGGUGUAUUCAUCUGGCAAAAAAACAGUGCCAAAAGCUGUGAGCCCAAGGAAAUCCUGUAACAAACCCACAAACGCUGCCAUACAAAGAAAAGACGUAUUUGCAUUCAACGUUGAUUUGCCCGUCUUCGUUGGGGCAGAGAAAAAAAUCUUCAACAAAACUUUAGACACAUCAAACAGUGGCAUCCAGAGUUCUCCAACAGGUCUCAGUACAGCCAAGAAAGCRCAACUGGAACCAGUGGCAAAAAACAAGCGACACGUGAGAAAGCACCUGUUUAGUGACACAGACACAGACACUGCCAUGACAGAGGUCAGCUGGCUCAGGGAAUCAUCCAGAAAGCCCAAACCCCAAGUUGCCAAAUAUACAAGACAAGUGCUGUCCAAACCCAAAUCCGCCCCUCCCCAGUCAAUGAGCAAAUCCCCAGACGUUCUCCCAGCUGCAAAAAAAGUCAACAGGCCCAGGAAAAGUUUCUGUUUAAAGAAGGCACAGGUUCAACCAAAGACUGAGAGAGAAGCAGCAGCACUCAGCAGACCUUGUGCAGCUGGCAGCAGGCCUAAGAGAGUGGCAGCAGUUUCAACUAAAAGCUACAUAGAACCAGAUACUGAUGACAGCCAGUCUGAAACAGAGGAGGCUCCUGCACCAAAGAAUGAUGUGACAAUUCAAGAGACUACUCAGACCAAGAAGAAAAUAACUGCAGGCAGACAGCCAACCAAAAUGAAGCUACACCCUACAUCAGAAAUACUAACCACCUCUAAGACUCGAUAUGUGGGGAAGCAUGACAACAGCGAGAUAAUCUGUUCAGAGAAUCCACAAGUUAAAAAGAGAAACAACCUCCCUGACCAGCCUGCAGAAAGCUGCAGAAGACAAGACAGCUGCACUGGGUCAAACCUGAAAAAGCAACCUGACCUUAAGGUUAAACCUGGAAAUGUUCCAGAAACUUCAAAGUUGAAUGAGAAAAAUUUCAUCCCUACACAAGAACAGAUGAGUCCUUUGAAGGAUUCCUCGGCUGCCUGCCAAACCUCUUCCUGUCCAUCGCCUCCUUUCAUAGAAAAGAUGAGAUCUGCUGGGAGGUCAGCUCCAGCCAUGCAUUUGACCUGCUCCACUGUCCUCACCCCGUGGGGAUCCCCACUCUCUGCCUCCCCUAAGCCUCCCUGCCAGGAAACCCCCUCACCAGUCCCGCUGCUAACCAAACCUCGCUCGACAGUCAGCAGUAAAAGAAAAGGCAAAACGUCUUCUCUCUACAAAGCAGAGAAACACAUCUCAUCCAAAACCAAGUUCAUCCGGUCUGUCUCCUCUUCCUGCUCAUCGAAAGAUCAAACCCCUGCACCCAGUCCUUCUGGACCUAGUGCAGCAGAGAUGCACGCAGAUCUGUCCUCUGCAAUUCAGGCUCUUUUAUCUCCACCCACUCAGCCCCUAUUGACUUCUACUCUGCUUGAGCUGAACAAGCCACCUGUUGCCUCUCCUUCUUCAUCGCCAUUACCUGAAGACACUGUUAGCUACAGCUGCCACCUUGACUUCCACAAAGUGUCUUCAGUUUCCCUGGCUUCACUGAGCCAUUCAUCCUCCAAGUCAUCAACACUCAGCCGAAAAAAGAAAAACAACUCCUCUGCUCCCAUAACUGAGUUUCUCAAAUCUGAGAAAACACCAGGUACCGACAGAGACCUUGAACUCACACAGUCUCUUAUCUCAGGACCCAGUCGUAAGCGUCAUGUAUCAUCCAGUAAUUCUGAAGAGGAAGAGAAGGAAAACAAAAAGAAAAGCAAGAUCAAAACACUCCGUUCACCUCGAAUGAAGCCUAGGAAAUUGUUCAAAUCCUUAGCUGAGGUGUCUGCUGUGGAGGAACUGAGCAACAUAAGUUCCAGUAACUGGGAGGUUGAAGUGGUGGAUGGAGACAUGGACAUGGAUGAUGAUUUAGAGCUGCCAGAAAUGAGUUUAAACCCAAGCAAUGUUUGCCAGCAGAUGAACUCUGAGCUGAAAAACAAAUUCCAGAACCGUUGCAAAAUGAUGGAGCGCUACAACAAACAGUCUUGGAAGACUGUCAAUCAACAUGUCUACUCCAUUGAUGUACAACUCACCAAAUACAGAACCCAGAGGCUUGAACAGGUUCAAAAUGUCCUUUUGGAGGAGAUCCAUAAAAUGGAGCAGGAUGACAGCAUGCUGAAAAACAUGGAGAAAGAUCUGUCUGUGAUGUGGAAGAAGCAGGUGACGGCUUUCCAUUCUUACCAGAAGCAGGAAACCGGGAGAAAUGACACCCUGAAGAAAGCCCUCCAGACUAAUGUGCGUCAGAACCUAGAGUAUGAGGAGGGAGUAUUCACAUCAGAGAUGGGCCUAAUAAGAAAUGAGAUGAAGUCAGUUCAGGACGGCCUACUCAAUGAGAUGCUAGAGGGAGAGAUCCAGAGCGUGAAAAGAGGAUUGCAUGCUUUGUUUUUCCCCUGAUGGAGCCUGUUUUGAGUUGAAAAAAAAAAAUCCUGUCAAAGUUCUCGGAAUGAAGAACCAGGAUGUUUGUGUCAACAUAAACUGUGUAGUUCAGCUGUGCUCAUUUCAAAUCAAAGUGUUAGCUUCCUGUUUAUUUUUUUUCCAGGUUCUUUAGUUUUAUUUAGAUGUAUCCAGUAGUUCCAGGGCUGGAUUUUACCUUCAUAUACACUGUUUCUGGUUCAAAUUUUCAGCUGAUAUGUUUUGAUGUUAGUACAUACAAGUCAUUAACUCCUGUGUGACAUUUUAAUGUCUAUCUAUAGGUCAGUUAAGUACUGAAUGUUGUUUAAUGAACAUUGAAGUUCUUUAAUGUAUUGAUUGCUUUUAAAUAUCUUAACCUUCUUAAUUGCAAAUAAAAUUGUUCGAAAA